GAUUCCCCGCUGGCACCUGGCGAUCACCGAGUAAAGCUGACUGGGGAGAGACCUGUGUGUAAACAACACAGUUCUCCUCCCUGUCAGCUGAGGCACACUGUUUUGGAUGGCUGUGCACAGCACAGCCAUCCAAAACUGUGCUUGCAGUGAAACACACUGAAAUGGCCCUCUAUGUAAAACACUCCCAGCACACAGUUAACCCUUUGAUUGCCCCUCAUGUUAACCCUUUCUUGCGCAGUUUCAUUAGUACAGUGUCAGUACUUUGUUUUGGCACUGAUCACUGUAUUGGUGUCACUGGGGAUGUCAGUGACACCAAGUCAGUUCCCCCCAGUGUCAGAAUGCCUGCUUCUGUCCCACUAUAGGUCACUGA